AUGGCACACCCCCAACAAGCCAUCCACGCUACCUCACUGCAGGACCCGGAGGCCUUCUGGUCUCAUCAUGCCCGGCAGCUCCAUUGGCACCAGAAGCCAUCACGUGCAAUCAGCCGCUCGACCAAGACCGUCCCCAGCGGCGCCAGCCACGAGUCCUGGGCUUGGUUCCCUGACGGCGAAAUCUCCACUACCUAUAACUGUGUUGACCGUCACGUGCACAACGGAAAUGGCGAUAACGUUGCCAUUAUCUGGGACUCUCCGGUGACGGGGAAGAAAGAAAAGUAUACCUACCGGCAGCUAUUGGACGAGGUCGAAGUUUUGGCUGGUGUAUUGCAAGAGGAGGGAGUUCGUAGGGGCGAUGUGGUUAUUAUUUAUAUGCCUAUGAUACCGGCAGCAUUGAUCGGUGCCCUAGCUGUCGCUCGACUGGGGGCAAUCCAUGCGGCUGUCUUUGGAGGGUUUGCGGCCAAGUCGCUAGCGCAGCGCAUUGAGGCAGCGCGACCUCGGGCUAUUUUGACAGCAUCAUGCGGGAUUGAAGGAGCGAAGGGUCCCAUUCCAUACCGCCCGUUGGUGGAGGGCGCCAUUGAAGCGAGCAGCUUCAAGCCGGAGAAGGUCCUCAUCUGGCAACGUGACCAACUGCGAUGGAAUAACCCUCACAAGCUGGAUGGUCAGCGGAACUGGAACCGGCUUGUGAAGAGCGCGAGGAUGCGCGGCAUUCGUGCUGGGCCGGUCCCAGUAAAGAGCACGGAUGGUUUGUACAUCAUCUAUACCAGUGGUACCACUGGGCUACCCAAAGGAGUCGUUCGAGAAACAGGCGGCCAUGCAGUCGGGCUUAGUCUAUCGAUCAAAUAUCUGUUCGAUAUCCACGGACCCGGUGACGUCAUGUUCUGCGCUUCAGAUAUUGGCUGGGUAGUAGGACACUCAUACAUUCUAUACGCCCCAUUGCUGGUCGGUGCGACGACCAUAUUGUUCGAAGGCAAGCCAGUCGGCACCCCAGAUGCAGGGACAUUCUGGCGAGUUGUCGCAGAGCACAAGGCGAAUGUCCUUUUUACUGCACCCACGGCGCUUCGUGCUAUCCGCAAGGAAGACCCUGACAACAAAUACUUUGAAAAAGUAGCUGGAGACGGUAACCUCCGACACGUCCGGGCUCUAUUCCUCGCCGGGGAGCGGAGCGAGCCCAGUAUCGUGCGUGCUUAUCAAGAUCUCCUUACCAAGCACGCCGCUCCUGGGGCUCUCGUCGUAGACAAUUGGUGGUCGUCGGAGUCCGGAUCUCCUAUUUCUGGGCUAGCACUGCGAAGCGCGGUGGGACGAGUGUCACCACGGUCUGACGAGCAUAAUAUUGCACCUCUGGCAAUUCGCCCCGGGUCAGCGGGUCUACCAAUGCCAGGUUUCGACGUACGAGUUGUGGACGACGAGGGUAAUGAGGUUCCACAAGGGACGAUGGGCAACAUCGUGAUGGCAACGCCUUUGGCACCCACGGCAUUCACACGGCUAUUCAACGACGACGACCGAUUUUACAAAGGAUAUCUCAAACGGUUCGACGGUCGCUGGUUAGACACAGGAGAUGCCGGCAUGAUUGAUCAAGACGGGUAUAUCCACGUCAUGUCGCGGUCGGACGAUAUCAUCAACGUAGCAGCCCACCGAUUCAGCACAGGUUCCAUCGAACAAGCAAUCCUCUCGCACCCGGAAAUAGGCGAAGCCAGCGUUGUCGGGAUCCCCGAUCCAUUAAAAGGCCACCUCCCGUUUGCCUUUGUUACACUAAAGAAGCCACCCGGUGGCGACUUGCCGGCGCGACCAUCCGAAGAUCUCCUAAAAGGCGUGAAUGGGCUCGUCCGCGAACAAAUCGGCGCGAUUGCGUCGCUAGGCGGGAUAAUCCAGGGCCAAGGGAUGAUCCCGAAAACACGGAGUGGGAAAACACUACGAAGGGUCUUGAGAGAAUUGGUGGAGAACGGGGCGAAGGGAGAGUUUGACAGGGAAGUUGGCGUGCCGCCGACGGUGGAAGAUAAGGCAGUUGUGGAUGUUGCAAGGGAGAGGGUCCGGGAGUAUUUCCAGGGAAACCCUAAGGCGGGUGUUAGGGCGAAGUUGUAG